AUAACCCUUCUAACAUUCGACUUGCCUCUGGGCCGCUGACACCACUCACAAUCAGAAGCGUUCUUGCUUGCUGGAGACUCGAGCUCUAGGAUGUUGUGCGCACAUUACUGUUUAGCAAAGUAGCUUUUCUACGAGGCAUAUGUUCGCACCGAAUCUUAGUAUCAAGACAAAGUUACCGUAACGGGUAACCCACUUAAAGAACGGUUGACUUUCGUCUCCUCGAGAGUUAACAUAGACCACUUACUCCUAAAUGUCUCACGACAACCUCCCUCCCGUCACGUGCUCCCCCGCCUACUGCCACGUCACCUCGCCACCCGCCAAGCGCAUGCCCGCGUCGCGUUCGCCUCUCGUCGCCGGCGCAGAGUACCGCAGCCCGCGCCAGCCACUUUCCGCUGCAACCCGGAACAGCCGCCGCCACGAGAUGGUGCAUGGGGCGUGGCUCCCCGAAUGGGAGCUCGACAGCGGUGGCUUCCCGGCGGCGGCUGCAGCUCCGGGUGAAAGAGCAGACAGGAGGUACGGCGGGAAACGGCCCAACAGUGAGGUGUCUGAUGCAGGGAGGGCGGAAGGACCUGCGGGGAAUCACGCGGAGAGGGAGAGCAUGAGCGCAGCGGAUGGGAGUCGGAAGGUGGGGAAUUACGAAGCGAGGGAGAUGGACGAACCGGUCUCACCAGCUUGCGUGCUGGCCACGGCAGCGCGGGACGCACUAGCCAUGGCAGCGGCUGACGGCUGUUCUGGCGAUGAUGACCUCCAUGGAGCGAGCAGCGUGGGAUUGGCGGGAGAGGAAAGCGCUGGGGACGCUGCUGUGGCGGAGGGGUUUGGCGCAGGGGUGGCGGAGUCUACGGGGAAGAUUGCCGUGGCAGACGCGUGCGUUUCCCCCUCCCUACCGGCCCCUGCAGAAGUGCCUGUCCCGUCGAGGGUAGAGGCGGAACUGGAUCAACGGCAGGCGGCGCUUGGGGGCUUGCUGGCGGCGCUGCAGCAGCGGAUGAGCGCACUUAGGGCGCUGGCAGGCGGGGGAGGGAAUGGGGAGGGUGGGGUGGUAGUAUUAGGGGAUGCUAGUGGAGUGGUGGAUGGACAAGAAGAGCAGCUGCUGGCGGAGGAAGUAGAGGAGGAGGAUGGGACGGAGGAUGGGGUUGGUGUGGUGGAUGAGGAGAGGAGAGAAGGGGAGGUGAACGACGUGUGUUGCGACAGAGAAGCAGAAGUAUUGCAGCGGGCGUCAGAGGGCGUUUGCAGAGAAACAGGUGCUGCUGCUGGCAGCGUAGGGAGUACAGAGAGCUCAGCCAGUGGCAGUGUUAGAAGCGAGGGGCAUGGGGACAGCGCCAGCAGCGUGGAUUCGGAGCAUGGCACAUCGUCCAAGGACCAAGAUGAGCAGCGAAGCAAGAGUGGUGCAGCAAAUUGUACGCCAGACAGUCCCGGUGCUAGCAUAAGUGGUGUGGAAAGAAUGGGAGGAGUGCGUCAUGGGGAGGUUAAAGAUGUGUCAUUUGUAGGCAAGGAAGCUGUAGUUGGUGAGGAGGUUGGUGCAAGAUACAGGCAGCUUGAGCUUCCAUGUGUGUUGUCUGACGAUUCCGAUGACGACCACUUCUACGAUUUGCCUACGUCACCCUCCUCCCUCUUAUCCGGACCCUCCUCUCCCCACUGGCUACUGCAUUUGCAGUCAGCAUCGUCAUCAGCUUCCUCACCAGCUGCAGCAGCAACAGAACCAGUACUGGAGGCUGAUCGUUUGGGGAUUCAAGCCCUUCCUCUCUCCCAACAUCCAGCCUUGCCUCUUCAGCUUUUCUUGUGGGUCAUCUCUUGUUGCUCACGUAGACUCUGGUGAGCAUGUCAUGGGAGGCUGCAUGGAUAGCAGGUGCAUAGAUGUUAGUGUGAAACACUUUUGAUGGUGUAAAUUGAGAUGUAAUGUUGAGCAAU